AUGGCCGACGACGCGGACGCGCCGCGGCCGACGCGUGCGCACGGCGUCGCGGUGGUGGUGCCCGGUGGCCUCGGCGCCACGUUCAAAGACCUUCUGGACGGCGGCGCCGACGGCGCGGUCCUGGCCGGCUCGAGCCAUGGCGGCGAGGCCGGCGUCGACUUUGUGCUGCUGCCGGACGGCCCGCGGGUGACGGAGAUGGCCCUGGGGACCGGAGGUCCGCCGGUGAUCGCCGUGAUGGCGCUGCUGACCUGCUGCGCGUCCGACGAGCUGCCGGCGCUCGGCGAGGCGCUCGAGCACAGCGACCGCUGGGACGGCGCGCUCGCCAUCUGGCGGCGGUGCGGCGGCAAGACGGAGGCGCCGCGCGCGUUCCGCGCGACGGCGCUGCGCGAGGACGGGCUCGAGCGGCCGCCGAAGACGAACGAGAUCGCGCGUGCGGCCGGGGCCGGCGUCUGGCGGCGCUGGGGCUGGCGCGUGAGCAUGACGGCGUGGGACAUCGAGGUGAUCGCCGUGUGGACGGGCUCGUUUGCGCUGUGCGGACUGCCGCUGACGGCAGGCUGGGUGGCUAGCAAGGAGCCGCUGCGCUUCUGGCCGGCCGAGUACGCGGCGGGCGAGCGGGGCGGCACGGAGCUGCGCCCGAGCGUCUGCUGCGGCCUGCUCCACGCCGCCGCGAUCUCGCCUGACCAGAUCGUGAUCGACCCGAUGGCGGGCGGCGGAGCGCUGCCGGCGGCGGCGGUGCGGCUCGGCGGGUGCCGGUACGCGCUCGCCGGCGACGUGCGGCGCGAGUGCGCGCACCAGUGUAAGGCGCGACGCGACGGCCGUGGCGGCCGCGACGGCCGCGCCGCCGCUGGCGCCUCGCGAAUGGAGGUCGCGCGAUGGGACGUGCGCCGGCUGCCGCUGCGCGCCGGCUGCAUCGACGCCGUGAUCAUGGACUUUCCGUGGGGCAACCGGCACAAGGCGAGCCACGCGCUGCUGGCCGAGGCGGUGGGCGAGUGCGGCCGCGUGCUGCGCGCCGGCGGCACCCUCCUCAUCCUCCUGCCGCGCUCCGAGGCCGCCCGCCUCGCGCGACUCGACACCGGCCUCGCGCCGCUCCGAACGAUGCCGCUCGUCGUCGGCGGCUUUCCGCGGCUGGGCGCGCUGACGGUCUCCGAGCUCCUCGUCCGCGUGUGGCCGGCUCUCAUCCCAACGCAGUCGGUCGCGAAGCGCACGGUGCGCCAUGGACUCGUGUGCGUCGCGUCGCGGCCGAAGGCGCCCCUCAAUUGGCGUGAGCGUGUGGCGGUGGGCGAGCGCGUGGUGGUGCGGCCGCUCGGCGCGCAGAGGGUGGUCUCCGUGGAGGACGCCGCCGCGCUCGGGGCCGUGCCCGUGCUGUGGGAGAGCGACACGUGGCUGUGCGGGGUGCACAGCGUCCCAAUCUAA